AUGGCCUCUUCACCGGGCUCGGGCAGCGCCAACCCGCGGAAGUUCAGUGAGAAGAUCGCGCUGCACACGCAGCGGCAGGCCGAGGAGACGCGGGCCUUCGAGCAGCUCAUGACCGACCUCACCCUGUCGCGGGUUCAAUUUCAGAAGCUUCAGCAACUGCGCCUAACACAGUACCAUGGCGGAUCCUUACCAAAUGUGAGCCAGCUGCGGAGCAGUGCAUCGGAAUUUCAGCCAUCGUUUCAUCAAGCGGAUAGCGUGCGGGGAACGCGCCAUCACGGGCUGGUGGAGAGACCGUCCAGGACUCGCUUCCACCCCCUUCAUCGAAGGUCUGGAGACAAGCCUGGACGACAAUUUGAUGGUAGCACUUUUGGAGCCAAUUACUCCUCACAGCCCCUGGAUGAGAGCUGGCCAAGGCAGCAGCCUCCUUGGAAAGACGAAAAGCAUCCUGGGUUCAGGCUGACAUCUGCACUUAACAGGACCAAUUCUGAUUCUGCUCUUCACACAAGUGCUCUGAGCACCAAGCCCCAGGACCCCUAUGGAGGAGGGGGCCAGUCGGCCUGGCCGGCUGCAUACAUGGGUUUCUGUGACGGUGAGAAUGAUGGACACGGGGAAGUGGUAUCUUUCGCGGGUUCACUGAAAGAAGAGCAUCUGUUAAACGUUCCCAAGCCACUGCCAAAACAACUGUGGGAGACCAAGGAGGUUCAAUCCCUGUCAGGGCGCCCUCGAUCCUGUGAUGUUGGAGGUGGCAACACUUUUCCACACAACAAUCAAAAUAUAGGCCUCUCACCCUUUCUGGGGACCCUGAACACUGGAGGGUCACUGCCAGAUCUAACCAACCUCCACUACUCAGCGCCCCUGCCGGCCUCCCUGGACCCUGGUGACCACCUCUUUAGUAGCAUGAGUAUGGGGAAUAGCGUGGGCAACCUUCCUGCUGCUAUGACUCACCUGGGCAUAAGAAGCUCUUCUGGUCUCCAGAGUUCCCGGAGUAACCCCUCCAUCCAGGCCACACUCAAUCAGCCAGCGCUUUCCUCUUCCUUAAACAGUCACCCACAGACAUCUGCUCCCAACGCCUCUACUCUUCACCCUUCACUUCGUCUCUUUUCCCUCAGCAACCCGUCUCUUUCCACCACAAACCUGAGUGGGCCCUCUCGGCGUAGGCAGCCCCCCGUCAGCCCUCUCACGCUGUCCCCUGGCCCUGAAGCACAGCAAGGGUUCAGCAGACAGCUCUCUCUAACCAGCCCGUUGAACCCAUAUCCUGCCUCACAGAUGGUGUCCUCUGAUGGAAGCUCACUUUCCUUCCUGCCCACAGAAGCUCAAGCUCAAGUGUCCCCACCUCCCCCUUACCCCACCCCCCAGGAACUCCCACAGCCUCUCCUACCGCAGCCCCGCACCCAGGAGCCCCCUGCUCCGCAGCCACACGCAGCCUCAUCACUGCCACAGUCAGACUUCCAGCUCCUCACGGCCCAGGGCUCAUCUUUGACCAACUUUUUCCCAGAGGUGAGCUUUGACCAGCAGUCCAUGAGACCAGGCCCAGCCUUUACUCAACAGGUGCCGCUGGUGCAGCAAGGUCCCCAAGAACCACAGGACUCAUUUCAUUUGAGACCAAAUUUGUAUUCCAACUGUGGGAAUUUCCCAAACACCAUACUGACCGAAGACUCAAAUUCCGGCCUGUUCAGAGAUGUCAGCAGUGCACUAGCGGGCAUGCCUGAGGUCAGUCUGAACAUGGACACUCCGUUUCCAUUGGAAGAAGAUCUCCAAAUUGAACCCCUGAGCCUGGAUGGACUCAACAUGUUAAGUGACUCCAGCAUGGGCCUGCUUGACCCCUCUGUUGAAGAGACGUUUCGAGCUGACCGACUGUGACCAGAAUGGAACAGAAUGGGAGCAUUUACAUCUGAAACAGCUAAAAUGGAACAGAAUAGAAUGGAGCCGGCAACACCCCUGGGCUUUAAUUAUCCAGGGCUUCUGACAUGGAAAAAACCGAUUCCAGGGCUCCUAGCUUUCUGAUGAGGUCCCAUCUCAUGUACUGUGUCUUAUUCUAGACCACAGAGCUAUGCACUGCCUCUCAGGCCUGUGGCACAGGUUAUGUUGCUGCAGGCAGGUUGAUUCGGAGCUUCCAGUGAGUUGGUCGUCACCACAACUAUCACACCUUUUUGUUGGCCAUCUCGCCAGUCACUGUGUAAAGGUGGAGAACAUGGACUGGGGACCCCAGGAGCACUGUGCAGUGCUCAGAACCACUGAUCUCAGUCUACCCUGAAGGCAGGGCCUGGCCGGUAUGAGAGGCAGUUAGGGGCCACCAGCCUUCAGGAGUUGGCUCAGUGUCAAGCAACGGUACCAUAGCACCAGCUGCCUUCUCUGAUCCAGCCGUUAUGGCUGGGCCCUGCCAGCUGGUGGCAGGCGCGUUCAGGGCAGAACAGAGAGCCACAGCUCUCUCAGAUGCCUUAAUUCUAAUAUGAAGAAGAAUUCACACCGUGAGUCCAAGAACAGACCUAGUGAGCUGAAUGGCAAUUUGUUCUCUUCCCAUUUAUAAUCUCUUUUCUGCUGCUUCCGUUCACCUUCUCCUAUGGACAAGAGGAAAAGGAAGACUAUUUUAUUCAAUCACUGAAGAAAAUUUCCCCUGGUCAUGGAUGAACCUGAAGAGAGAGAACAGUGCUUCUUGGUGGCUGUGGAAGAAAGAAGGGGCCUGCAGGUCUCUCACAGAUACACAGCGUCCUGCAGACAAACUCUGGACAAGCUCCAGACACGUGCAGGCCUCCCUCUGAACAUACCACCUGGAGGGAACAGCUGGAGGAUUGAAUCAGACUCAGCCAUUAGCUGAGCAUCAGCGGAGUGAAGCUCUUUCUCUGGAACGGGGGUGUUAAUGUACCUCCACUGGACCCCGAGCUCCUUGAGGGCAGGCAGGGAUUGUGCCUUAUUCAUCAUUGAACCCUCAGUACCAACAAGUGCCUGGCACUGAGCAGGUGCUGUGUAACUGCGUGCUGAAUGCAUAAAUGAAUGCAUGAAUGAAUGAAUGCAUGAAUGAAUGAAUCUGCCUGCUGUAAGGCAGUCUAAUCUUUAGCUAUCCCUUUCCUUGCCAAAUCUUCUCAGAGCUUUAGCUUUUCUGACACUUGUGCCUGUGGUUAAGUCAAGCAUGCACUUUAAUAUGCUUUUAACACUAGGUGUCCAAAUCCACCAUUAGACUGGGCACCCAUCCUCAAGGUUAUGCUCCACAGCAGGUAGGUGCAAACUGUCUUCUGAAUGCAUCCACAAUGUCUGAGUCAGCUGAGGCCUCCCAAAUGCUAGGGCCUCAGGGGUCUUGGCAGGCCUCACCUCAAAAGAUCUUCCCUCUCAGAUCCAUGUUCUUCUCUAAAUUGUUUUAAAAUAGCGAUUCAUUCUUUGAAGUUGAAGACAUUCUGUAGUAAAAUGAAGACCUAAUUCAUGAAACCAUUAUUUGUCAUUAAUACCUUAGCAUAAAAUAGUAUUACCAAAUCAACCGCCACUGCCUGCCCCUCCAGCUUAGGCUAGGCCAGCCCCUGAUCAGAAACCUGAUGGGUGAGUUUGAAGGGGGCCGAGGCGACAGGACCUGCUGAGCACCCUCGGGCAGCGGUCUGGGCAGAAUUUGAGCAUGGGAGACAAGGAGGGGGGGCAGGGACACUAAAGGAGAGGUGAGAGGUGCUAGAACCUUUGCCUGGACAGCCACUGCCUCCCCUGGAGAUACUAGGAGUGUUCCUCCCUGAAGGGCACUAGGCUACUCCCAGCCCAAAGCAGCGAGUCUGUACUCUGCUGGUCUGAGUCGGGCACUUCUGUGCCUUAUGGCAAGAGGAGCCUUGUCACAGGAUCCUGGGCUAUUAGCCUCUCCAGACCAUGUCCCGUUGCUUUUCUAUCUUCAGGAGCAUCGCUGCCCCCUGGCCUUUCCCCAGCCUUGACGUGAGCCACUUCACACCAGCCCCAGGCCCCAGCGCUGAGUCAGGGACAGAGCCAGCGUCCUCCUUGCUGAGCGCCAGCUCGGGAGGGGCAGUGGGCCUCCCCUUCCCAGCUGUUCCCACUGGGACUUCCAGAUCCCUUGAUACUGAGGAUCGCAGCGGGGGGAGGGGAAUGAGUCCAUAUUAAAGUAAAGGACCUUUCUUCCAACAGUACACAGCACCCCAUUUGCCGAAAGAAGCCAGGUCCUUGCUGCCUUUCCUGUGUCCAAGGCUCCUGACAUCUGGUCUGGCCUUUCAGACGGGAGUGGUGCUGAUGUUAUAAUAGGUUUUUAUUAAGAGUGGGGGUCCCAGCAUAAUUCACUGCACAGUGCCUUACCCCUGGGGAUCAUCAGUGUCACGGUCCCAGCUUUCUUUGUCUGCGAAGCAGCCCCACCUUAUGGCUGGAGACCCUGAGACCUAUGUGAUAACUGGUGCUGCCUGGGGGGCUUCUCUGUGUGACUCGUGAGCAUGGAGGCUUCCAGGGAAAAUGGCUUGUUUGGGGGAGUAUGAUAAUGACAGUAAGGUUUAGCACUGAAUUAAAUUUAUCCUUAGGUCCAUCAGUCCGAUCUUUUCCUGUGAAAAGGUUUUGGGCAUUAUACAACCUACUUUGCUUAGAUGGUGUCAAGGACAACCAUGGACAGGUAGUCGCUCUGACUGUCGGCAGGUAAGUCUGCACUCACUGAUGCCUUACAACAAGCCAGGCGUGAUCCUUGACGACCUCUGAAGUGGCUGCAUACUGAGCAUUUUCCAAUAUUUAGUUUUGUUAGAAGAAAUCAAUGGCUGUACUACUCCCAUUUACUAGCAGUUAAACAGCACAGAACUAAAACCUAUCUGUUUCCAUUUUUCCUUUGUGUACGGUUGUGAUUUGUAGGACAUAAGGUGUUAGGAGAAAAUUUUCUUGAUCAUGUCAAGAUGAACAUAAAUUCUCCUUUGUCCUGUUUCAUUUCUCCUAAGUCUACUGUAUAUUACCUGAGCUGAACGGUUUGUUGUGUAUUCCAGGCCAUUUGCAUGUUUGAAGACAUUUCCAGUUCUGAAUCUUGUCAGCUCUUCUGCUGUGUGCACAGAUGGUUCUGAGCGUGUUUUCAUGGCUCGUGAUGGAACCAUCACAGCAACUAAUCAGACUUCCCGCCAGUGUCCUAACUCCCAGGUCCCUUGUUAAACAAUAUUUAAAGAUUGGAAUUUGUAUAAAGUAGCUUUCAAGUUUUAUAAUGCAUCAUUUUACAUCUUUCUUAAUUAAA